UUCGGUUUGCGAUUCGUUCAACACAUGUUUACUGACCCUCAUUAUACUAAGUUGCCAUAUUCAGCGUUGAUAAAAGAACAUUUAAGAAGAAAGUAGAGACGGAAUUUUAAAAGGCCCCUUGACUUGUCACAUGACGCGAUGGAUUUCUGUAAAAGUUCAUAGUCAAUGAACUUCAUGUAGAUUCUGAAUAUAUGCAGAAGAUGAAUAUAUUAACUUAGCAGACUGCACAGUAGCACUCAGGCCUAGAAAAAAUGGUUUUGGGAUUUGCAAAAACCGUAGAAGAACUGCGAUAGACGAGACGAAUAAUCAAAUCAUAGAAGAAUCACGUAAAGGCAGGCCGAAAGAGGGGUAGGGGGAAAAGCUAUAUAAAAGGUGAGAGCGAGAUACACAUCAAGGAUGGUGAACCAACUUCAAGCCGGUUGCAUUGUCUUCGUCGUCCUUUUCGUACCUUCGGAGCUCGGAUACAAUCACAUCGUGCCCCCUUGGCAACAUUACUACCCUAGGGUGAUAAACCAAUGGAGUUUUCCUAAAGCCGGGAGGCCAGAAAGGGUCCGGUCAGGGCACGGCAGGUACCGGAUGCUUCCCAGGGGUGCUGAAUUGACUUGUGAUUUCCCUCCGACUGCCCACAUACUUUCGAACAUCAUUUGGGAAAGAGCCGAUCUAGGAGCCUUGCGCAGCUUGGACGAGAUAUACAAGUCUGUCGGCGAGACGAGAGAGUACAGUGUCCUGGGUCGGCCCAAAGGGUCCACUCUCCACCUCCACAAUAUUUCACCGACGGACAGAGGGCUCUACAGGUGCUUGGCCACCGCUGUCGACCCGAACAGGGGCAGGAUGCACACCCUUUUCCAGGACGUCCCUUUUUACCCGGAUUUCAGGCAGGUGAGUAAGCGUCUUCAACUCCACAGAUCGCGCCAGUCCUGCUGCAGAUCGAACAACCUCUACAAGGACUACGCUCGCCAGUCGUCCUUCCUUCUCAAAUCUUCUUCACUUUACCUCUCAUAAAAUGGACCAACUCAAUUGUAAAUUGACUGUAAAUAAAAGAGAAUAUUGUACAAAACUUUGAAGACCGGAUGUAAAUAAAAUGAAGAUUCAAACUGAGAAAGCCUGGUUUUUUUGAUUUUUGUAAACUCAGUUUAUUGAAAUCCUAUAAGUCCAAUUGUUCGUGUUCGUGUGCAAUCAGACAGGCGGAUUAAGAUAAAAACAAAUAUCACUGCCGUUCUAUUCUGGCAUUGUU